AUGCAUCUCUCUACCAUUGUCGCAUCGACUUUGCUGCUGUUGGCCGAGGCCAAUGUUAUUUCCGCGAAAGCCAUUCUACAUAUGCCGAGCACGCUGAGGAGGAGACACCUUUUGGAAGAUAUGCACAAGAGCGCCGACCGCAUUCUUCGGCGAGAACCGCAAUCCGCUCCAGCGAUGCCCGUGGCUUCGACAAACAACACUACCAACCAGACGAUCUCCACAGCAUGUGUCGAUGCUCUCACCAAACUCACAUCAGUCGAAAACAGCGCCGGCCUUGCCGCUUGCUACAAUAUCAUGCAGUUCGAUGCGCAGCAGGGGCUUUUUGAGGCGGAUCUCCGACUUUAUCAGCUGUUCGAACCGUCGGGUGAUUUCCAAGGCUUGGCUGUGACUGAUAUCAUGAUCGGCAUCACGUAUCCUUCCAGCACGAUGUUCCAGUCCAUAACAAAGAGGAAGAAGAGAGAUAUUGUGGUGGAGCGGCAAUCCUCGACCAUGACCGAGGUACAACAGUAUACUUUGUUUGGCACCUUCCAGAAGAACCUGGACAUGGGAAAACUCAACGACACCCAAAUCAUGUCAUUGAUGCUUCCUGAUGUCAAGCUCAACGCCGUCAACCCUUCACAGACACCACUCACUGCCAAUGUCACCGCCGCCGAUGGAGCUUGGUUCGUGGUAGGCCCCUUUAGCGGCGAGUUCAAAGAUACUCUUGUCAGCCCGACCGUUGCGACCGCGGCCAUCACUGCUGCCGCGCCGUUUGUGCUUCCAGGAGUGACGCUGGGGAUCUUUCCUACUGGAUUGAUUGUCACGUGUGCUUGGACCCUUUUGUUCUUCUUGGCCUACGGGUUCGGCACCCUUGGGCGCAUUAGAUAUAGAGACGCGUAUAGAAAGCGAAAGGCUGCCCAGGCUGGGCGGACUGGGAAGAGGAUAUAA